CAGCAAAACGCAACCGCAGCUCUAAGAGGUUGAGCAGGUCAGAACCAGAUCGUCCAGCAAGUGAAGCAAACGUUUAAGUUACAAGAAAGAUGCAAGGAUUCCAAGUGCUUUGCCUUCUGCUGGCUACCAUCAGCCUAGCUAACUGCCGUUCCGUGGUGCGCCGCGAUGUUAGCCACCUGCCUUUAGAGUACCUGCCGCCAGUGGUAUUGCCACCUGUGCCCAGCCGCGAUUAUUUGCCGCCAGUGGAGCAGCAUGCGGCCACUUUGAAACAUGUCCUCGAGCCACCCCGUGAUUACCUGCCUCCCCUGCCGCUGAACAACGAGUAUUUGCCACCUGUCGUUGAAGAGGAGGUGGAGCAGGAGGUGGCCACCACAACUGAGGUAAUAAUUCCAGAAGAAACCACCACAGUGGAGCCAACCACCGAGGCAGUUAUCGUCACCACCGAACAGCCGCAGGAAGAGGAGAUAAUCACGGAACCGCAGGAGCAGUUGGAAGUGAAGGCUGUAGAGGAGGAGGAGCCUAAGGAGAAGGAGGUUGAGUCAGCUAUUCUCCUGGAUGAUGGCUAUCACUAUCGUACUCCAUCUGUGGUUCCCGAUUUGCUGCCCGUGAAGGAGUAUCUGCCUCCUUUGGACGGCAAUACUGUCGUCGAGGAGUUGCCCAAUGGCGAGGAGGACUCGUCGGCCCUUCUGGAUGAUGGCUACCACUAUCGCUCCGUGAAGCGACUCCGUUUCUAGUCUUUUACAAUUACUUUUUAUUCCACUACGAAUUUCUGUUUCUGUUCUGUGCGACAAUUGUUGUUUAAUUUUACAAAAUAUAUAGACAAAUACUUCUCC